GAAAUCUUGGGGUUCCAAGGGGUAGGGAACCGCUGGGAUUGGUCGAGCCAGCCGUGGGAAUUUCCGUUGAACCACCACUCGGCCACAUCGCUUGGGCGGCCAUUCCAGGUUUUGGCCUCCCGUACAUGGGCUGUUGCCAGUCCACUUCCUCCGUGUCUACUCCCGCGACGACGGUGGAGGCGUCUGUCGACUCGCAUACGCCUACCUCCUCCAUUUUCCGUCCGACGCCGUUGUCCCCUUGCUACGACUCGUCGGACGUCAUACCGCGACCACGACGGUUGUCGCGAUCGCCCCACGUUCCCGCGCGUAUCCAAGUCACCAUGGACGAUCCAUCCAUGACCUCGUUCUAUCGCAACUUGAAGACCACUCGUGGCGAAGUAACCACGUCGACCUCCGCCGCGUUGUCCUCAUGCGAACACCUCCUCAACCUUCCACACAUCUCGAGCAGUCUCAAAGGAUUGAAGCGCCCGGCUCCCGCAAGGUCCAAGCACCGCGACGUGAUGAGCAUCUUUGGCGAGAAAGGGUACAUCCUCGAAAGUUCCCAUGUUGCCUCCGAUGUGAACACACCUACGAGCAGCAUCUCGUCGCAGCAACCCCUGUCUCCAACGCUCCCCGUGACCUCGACGUCGUCGUCUCACAUCCACAUUCCAUCCCUCUCGAUCUCGUACGGCGCCGCGUCCAUCGCAGGCCGGCGCGCUACGAACGAAGACCGCGUGGCAUGUUACCUCCACGAAGACAAUGCGUGCCAGAUCGGGUACUUUGCCGUGUACGACGGCCACGGUGGCCCGAACGUCGCCGACUUCUUAUCCACACAGCUUCAUCAACAUGUGUUUGCCCACGUGGAAGCGCAUCCGUCCGAGAGCUUGGACGCCGCGCUAAGUGUGAGCAUGCUGGCCACGGACGCGCUCAUCUACAACCAGGCCAUCAAUCACGGAUCCACCGCCAUCGCGAUGCUCGUGGACGGCACGACCAUGGCGUUUGCGUCUCUGGGCGACUCGCAAGCGAUCUUAUCGUCGAAUGACGGGAGGGACGUGGUCGAUCUCUGUCGCAUCCACCGACCUUCCGACACCGCCGAGCGCGAUCGCAUCAUCGCCGCCAAGGGCUCGGUCGUGGACGGCCGCAUCUUUGGCGUGCUCGGCGUGUCCCGCGCCUUCGGAGACAACGAUCUCAAGACAUCCAAGGGCGCGUUCAAGGACAAGUUCAACGGCGACAUCGUCGGCGGCACCCCCGACGUGCGACUGCAUCGCAUGCGACCAGACGAUGACUUUGUCGUGCUGGCAUGCGACGGCGUUUUUGAUGUGAUGGCGCCGUCGGAGCUCGCGGCGUUCGUCCAUACGCGACUGAACGCCCACGGAGACGUACAAGUGACAUGCGACGAGGUUGUGGCCCACGCCUUGCGACUCGGCAGCACGGACAACCUCAGCGUCGUGCUCGUCCGGUUCAAUCAGGUCGUGGGAUAAUAAUGGUGUGUUAUUUAAUUUAUUUAUUUGGGCGAUUGUACUGA